AUGGGGCCCAGGGACGGGUAUAUGGGGCCCAGGGACGGGUAUAUGGGGGCCCAGGGACGGGUAUAUGGGGCCCCAGAGACGGGUAUAUGGGGCCCCAGAGACGGGUAUAUGGGGCCCCAGAGACGGGUAUAUGGGGCCCCAGAGACGGGUAUAUGGGGCCCCAGAGACGGGUAUAUGGGGCCCCAGAGACGGGUAUAUGGGGCCCCAGAGACGGGUAUAUGGGGCCCCAGAGACGGGUAUAUGGGGCCCCAGAGACGGGUAUAUGGGGCCCCAGAGACGGGUAUAUGGGGCCCAGGGACGGGUAUAUGGGGCCCAGGGACGGGUAUACGGGGCCCCAGAGACGGGUAUAUGGGGCCCCAGAGACGGGUAUAUGGGGCCCCAGAGACGGGUAUAUCGGGGCCCAGGGACGGGUAUACGGGGCCCAGGGACGGGUAUACGGGGCCCCAGAGACGGGUAUACGGGGCCCCAGAGACGGGUAUACGGGGCCCCAGAGACGGGUAUACGGGGCCCCAGAGACGGGUAUAUGGGGUCCCAGAGACGGGUAUAUGGGGUCCCAGAGACGGGUAUAUGGGGCCCCAGAGACGGGUAUACGGGGCCCAGGGACGGGUAUACGGGGCCCCAGAGACGGGUAUACGGGGCCCCAGAGACGGGUAUACGGGGUCCCAGAGACGGGUAUACGGGGUCCCAGAGACGGGUAUACGGGGUCCCAGAGACGGGUAUACGGGGCCCCAGAGACGGGUAUACGGGGCCCAGGGACGGGUAUACGGGGCCCAGGGACGGGUAUACAGGGCCCAGGGACGGGUAUACGGGGCCCAGGGACGGGUAUACGGGGCCCAGGGACGGGUAUACGGGGCCCCAGAGACGGGUAUACGGGGCCCCAGAGACGGGUAUAUGGGGCCCCAGAGACGGGUAUAUGGGGCCCCAGAGGCGGGUAUAUGGGGCCCCAGAGACGGGUAUAUGGGGCCCAGGGACGGGUAUACGGGGGCCCAGGGACGGGUAUACGGGGCCCAGGGACGGGUAUACGGGGCCCAGGGACGGGUAUACGGGGCCCAGGGACGGGUAUAUGGGGGCCCAGGGACGGGUAUAUGGGGGCCCAGGGACGGGUAUAUGGGGCCCCAGGGACGGGUAUAUGGGGGCCCCAGGGACGGGUAUACGGGGGCCCCAGAGACGGGUAUACGGGGGCCCCAGAGACGGGUAUACGGGGGCCCAGGGACGGGUAUACGGGGGCCCAGGGACGGGUAUACGGGGGCCCAGGGACGGGUAUACGGGGGCCCAGGGACGGGUAUAUGGGGCCCCAGAGACGGGUAUAUGGGGCCCCAGAGACGGGUAUAUGGGGCCCCAGAGACGGGUAUAUGGGGCCCCAGGGACGGGUAUAUGGGGCCCCAGGGACGGGUAUAUGGGGCCCCAGAGACGGGUAUAUGGGGCCCAGGGACGGGCAUAUAG